AUGCCUGGGCUUCCGGCUUCAGUCGAUUUAGACGAAUGCAUCUCGCGUCUCUACAAGAAGGAGCUUCUCGCCGAGUCGGUCAUCGAGGCAAUAUGCGCCAAGACCAAGGAGCUGCUCAUGCGCGAGAGCAACGUGGUCCACGUUAAGGCGCCCGUGACAGUGGUGGGCGACAUCCACGGCCAGUUCUACGACCUGAUCGAGAUCUUCAAGAUCGGCGGCUGGUGCCCUGACACCAACUACCUGUUCCUUGGCGACUAUGUCGACCGCGGCAUGUUCAGCGUCGAGACUAUUUCGCUGCUCGUCUGCCUCAAGCUGCGCUACCCCGACCGCGUGCACCUGAUCCGCGGCAACCAUGAGAGCCGCGGCGUCACCCAGAGCUACGGCUUCUACACCGAGUGUAGCCGCAAGUACGGCAACGCCAAUGUCUGGCACUAUUUUACCGAUAUGUUUGAUUUCCUGACGCUCAGCGUCGUCAUCAACGAUCAGAUCUUCUGCGUGCACGGCGGCCUUUCUCCGUCGAUCCACUCCAUCGACCAGAUCAAGAUCAUCGACCGGUUCCGCGAGAUCCCGCACGAAGGGCCGAUGGCAGAUCUGGUCUGGUCGGACCCGGACCCAGAGCGGGACGAGUUCUCCUUAUCGCCCCGCGGCGCGGGCUACACAUUCGGCGCCAAGGUCGUCAAGAAGUUCCUAGCCGUGAACGGCAUGUCACACAUAUUACGCGCGCACCAGCUAUGCCAGGAGGGCUUCCAGGUGCUCUACGAUGACCACCUAAGUACGGUCUGGAGCGCGCCAAACUACUGCUACAGGUGCGGAAAUAUGGCCAGCGUGCUCGAGGUUGGAGACACGGGCGAGCGUUUCUUCAAUGUAUUCGCAGCGGCCCCGGAGAACGACCAACACAAGGAUCUACAGCAGGGCGGCGAAAAGAUCGACGGUAACGCUCUGCCAGAUUAUUUUCUCUGA